AUGGUGGCCAUUGUGUUGUUGAAGCUGUUCCUCCUUUCUCACAAGGUAACCAAGGCUCAUGUUCAGUGCAGGAUCACAGAGCCACACCCUCCACUUCAACAGUAUCAUCAGUCAGGAGACCUCUUUGUUGGUGGUGUUGCUUCCCUGAGCUUCAAUAUUAAUGAAAUAGAAUUUGAAAACUAUUUCCAACAGGCAUCGUUUGAAGACCUUGUAGUCGUUCCUAAGAAUUACCAGCACAUCCUGGCAUUGGCCUUUGCAGUAAAGGAGAUCAAUGAAAACCCUCGGAUCUUACCCAAUGUCUCCUUGGGUUUCCACAUCUAUGACAGCUAUUUCAAUGCAAGAUGGACCUACGAUGUCACAAUGCGACUUAUAUCGUCACAAAACCGAUUUGUCCCCAACUAUAGAUGUGGCAUCCAAAAUAAUCUGGUAGCCAUCCUUGGAGGGCUGGACAGUGACAUCUCACUUCAUGUUGCAACUAUCCUGGGCACCUACAAGAUUCCACAGCUCACCUACGGCUCUGCUCCAGUGAUAAAGGACAUCUCUCCAGGCUAUUCCAUUUACCAGAUAGCCCCGAAUGAAGCUCUUCAAUAUGUUGGGAUCAGGGCUUUGCUGCUGCAUUUCAAGUGGACUUGGGUUGGGAUCAUUGUUAUGGAUGACGACAAUGGAGAAAGGGUUGUGCAAACUUUGUCUUCAAUGUUUUCCCCGCACGGUAUUUGUAUUGCCCUGGUAGAAAGAAGUCCCAGGUCAAAUUUUGUUGCUGGGAUUUCAGACAUGAUGUACCAGGGAGAAAAAAUGUAUGAUAAAAUUAUGGAGAGCAAAGCCAAAGUAUUUGUGGUGUUUGGACAAUCUUAUACUGUCAAUGAUUUGAUAUGGUUGCGACGACUGUCCGAGGGACACCAGGACACCAAAGGUAAUGUGGGAAUUCUGUCAGCCCAGAUGGAACUUGUUUCAAUGCUCUAUCAAAUGCCUGGGGAUGCAGACAUACUCCAUGGUUUUCUGUCCUUCACGGCUCACUCUAACCAUCUUCCAAAGUUUCAGAAGUUUAUUGAGAACAGAAACCCUUCCAACACGAAAGGAGAUGGUUUUAUCCGGGACUUCUGGCACCAUGCUUUCCGCUGCCCAUUCCAGGUUCAUAGUGUCUGCACAGAAAAGCUGGAAAGCCUCCCCGGGUCUGUUUUUGAAAUGAGCAUGACUAGCCACAGCUACAGCAUCUACACUGCUGUCUAUGUCAUGGCCCAUGCUAUACAUGCCAUGCAUUCAUUGCACAGCAAGCACAAAACAGUGAUGAACAGAAGAGGGCUGGAGCCAUGGCAGCUCCAUGACUUCCUCAGAGGGGUUGCAUUUAACAACAGUGCUGGGAACAAAAUUUCAUUGAAUGAGAAUGGGGAGUUGGUAGCCGGAUAUGACAUUGUGAAUUGGGUUUUCUCCUCAAACCAAUCCUUUCACAGAGUGAAGGUUGGGACGAUAGAUGCUCAGGCUGCUCCAGAACAAGCCUUCAUCAUCAAGGAUGAAGCUAUAACAUGGCCAAGCUGGUUUAACCAGGCACAGCCAAUUUCUGUGUGUACUGACAGCUGCCAUCAAGGAUACAGCAAGAAAGUGAAGGAGGGAGAGCAUUUUUGCUGCUAUGACUGCAUCCCAUGUCCAAAAGGAAAGAUUUCGGACCAGGAGGACAUGAACGACUGCUAUAAAUGCACAGAGGAAACAUUUCCAAGCAAAAACCAGAAUUCCUGUAUUCCUAAGUAUAUCACCUUUUUGUCUUAUGAAGAACCCUUGGGACUCAGCUUAGCCUUUUUGGCUCUUUUUCUCUCUUUGAUCACAGUUGUGGUGUUGGGCACAUUUAUAAAGCACCACAACACUCCAAUUGUCAAAGCCAACAAUCGGAGUCUCUCCUACACUCUUCUCCUCUCCCUUUUGCUCUGCUUCCUUUCUGCUUUGCUAUUCAUUGGUCAGCCUGAGAGAGUGACCUGCCUCCUACGACAACCUGCCUUUGGCAUCAUCUUUUCAGUGGCUAUUUCUUGUAUCCUGGCAAAGACCAUCACUGUGGUCCUGGCUUUCAUGGCUACCAGACCAGGAAGCAGGAUGAGAAGGUGGUUGGGGAAAAGGCUGGCCAACUCCAUUGUUGUUUCCUGCUCCUUUGUGCAAGGAGGGAUUUGUGCUGUGUGGCUGGCAACCUCUCCUCCAUUCCCAGAUGUCGACAUGCACACAGUCAGGGAAGAGGUGAUACUGCAAUGUAAUGAGGGGUCUGUGACUCUCUUUUACUGUGUAUUGGGGUAUAUGGGUUUCCUGGCUAUUGUUAGCUUCACUGUGGCUUUCCUUGCCCGGAAGCUACCUGAUACUUUCAAUGAAGCCAAGUUUAUCACCUUCAGCAUGUUGGUGUUUUGUAGUGUGUGGUUAUCCUUCUUCCCAACUUACCUCAGCACGAAGGGGAAAUCCAUGGUAGCUGUGGAGAUCUUCUCUAUUUUAGCCUCCAGUGGUGGUUUGCUUAGUUUAAUUUUUUCUCCUAAAUGCUAUAUAAUUUGGCUAAGGCCUGAGUUAAACAAUAGGGAAGGAUUAGUAAGGGGGAAAAGUUAA